AUGGAUCGCAACAACGAGAGACCUCUUAAUGGGUUCUGCAAUGGGGUUGACGUGCUAGUCCAAUUUUUCGAGAAGGAUGCUAUGCUGCAUGGAGACCCAAAUCGACACAAGCAACAUUCAGAGCUCCUGGUAGAACUACGCGAUGACUUUGUGAAUUGGCUCGGAGAAACUAAGUAUAUGUAUGGCUUGAAGACUAUCCCUCCAUCUCGCUUUUCGAACACAAACCCUAACGGGCUCUGGGAAUAUUCUCCAUUUCUUUGCGGUAUUGGUCUGAUGGAAGCACUAGAACUGGCAUACGGCGUGAGUUUCCUCAUAUGGGAUAGUAUACCAGAACCGAUGUGUCUCAUACACCUCCACAACAUGCUGGUGCAGAAGGGUUAUAUCACACAACCAAUUGGAUUGUACGAUAGCCUGCAGGAGCUCUUCAAGACCUCAUUCUUCGCCAAUGGCAAUGUACCCAACUCUGAUUUCAAUCAAGCCUUCCUUGCUGUGAUUGACGAGACGGGCUCUCGUCGAGCAACUUUCCACCGACGGACAAUCCGACGGCAUGUCGGUCGAACCGCAACCGACAUCCACGGUCUUCUGAAUCCUUGUAUCAAUCGUUUCUUCAAGACUAAGUCCUUGCUGAGGCUCUACCGUGAGGCAGACUGGGUUCCUGACCGUAUUCCCGAUGAAGAAUUUCCUAUCGGCUCGGCCCUGGCUGCGCUGCGCAUCGGCCAGACCAAGCAUGUAACCGAUCCAGUGACAGGCAAGAAGGUCAUGGAGAACACAGAACUAGUCAAGCGUGCUAGGUCUGCGGGAAUGGAUGAUGCGACGAUGAUGAUGACGUCGUCUAUAAUACAAAAGAGAAGCAACGAUCAGGGAAUCCCGGAAAGCGUUUUGGCUGCAUUGCCCGAGGGAUACAAGACCGCCCGUAUGCCGGAAUACAAACAUAGUGGCAGCGAUCCUAGCAAAGGUCCCUUCAGCAGCGGGGAACUGUUAGAUCUGCUCAAACUCGAUAUUAUCAGCGAUGUCUCCGGCGAAAGUCGGCCGCUCUCUAGUUUAAACUACGUAUGGGUCACUGCGCGUUUCAUGUUACUGUUCCAUCAAAUCGAGGACAAACUGAGGCGCCUCCGUAACCCACUUAAGGCAGUUGAGUUCUCCCACUUGACUAGAGGCAACCAACAAGAAAGGCCCAAAGAUUUAUAUAAGACACUGCAACUAGAUACAAAACUUACUAAGAAAAUUGACCUCUCUUACACCCCUACUGACUUUGCCAAGUUGUUUGCCUAUAAUAGCAGACUUAGGCAUGUCCUUUAUUAA